AUGGAAGAAAGGAGUGAAACAGGCAGACUUGCUGCGACAGCGGCGGAGGGCGAAGGCCAUACGCAGGUCGAGAAUGUCCUUUCCACCGCCAAUAUUGCCAUCCCACGAACCAUCGACAGCAGUGCAUUACCAUUAGAUGAAGAGGUCGACACACUUGCAGAGCUAGCUGGUGGUCUCCAUAUCACAUCAGCCAAGUCGUCCACCGCUCCCAAUCCAAGGCAGGAAUAUCGGGAGAAGAGAGACGAGUCCCACAUAAAGGCCACCGACACGUUAAGCUCGCCUCCACUCGCUCUUGGAUCUUACGAGCCAGAGGAAAAGCAUGAGAGCUUUCAAUCGUCUCGUUCCGUAUUCGCCAAAGGUCCAUACGAUUUCCAUUCAACACAGGAGCAGACUGAGGUCGAUUGGUCGCCGGUGCUCACCCAAAACGCAUACGGCCAGCUACAAAGCACGUCAUAUCAUGCAAACAGCGGGCCCUGGCGGACUUGGAACACUCCAGGCCAGGCGGGCACCCGGGAACUGUUGCAAGCUCCUGUAUAUAACGCCUCUUCCGGCCAGGGGCUCAGCCACGGCCAAAAUCAAUUCUACUCGAGCCACCGAAAUUCAGCUUCAGUCGACGCAAGCUGGAUGCAGGGCCAGACUCGCCCUCAAGAACACUACAGAAGGUUUUCAAACGGCUCAUAUGGACACAGUAAAUUUAAUGGCACCUUUGGCGGGUACAUAGCUCUCAGAUCAUCGGACACAGGAACUGCGCAGUAUCAAAAUCGACCGAACCACAGCAUCUACAAAGGUCACCCUGCUUCAGAUUUUAAUCAACCCAUCUCAUCGUCGACACCCGUUGCAUAUGGCCAGGCAGCGACAGCCUACAGCAGAUGGCAACAGGAUUAUUCAUCAGGGGGAACUCCGCACGGUGCUGGCAUCGACUCCAGAAUCGACGAUCUAGCCGAAGGGGAGCUUUCCACAAGGACAUCGCAACCAAGACUUGUAUCUAAUACGUACGCUUUGCCAAAGUCACCAACCGCACCGUUGCCAGGCGCCUGGACCUCAUAUCAAUCCGGGCCUCCUGAGCACCGUCCUGGAUUCACCUCCCAAGCAGGACGGAGUACAUUGUAUAAUGUUCACCCUACAAGGGAUUUCACGGAAGGACGGGUUUUCAAAAUCGACUGGCCGGAGCCAAUGGGUUCCAAUGCCGGCAGCACCCUUACAUCCGGUAGCGACAACAACGUUUUCCAUAAAAAGCGGCGAUUUGUCGUUACCUCCACCUUCCACGGACAUAGUAUUUGCCUGCCCAUAUUUACCUACGGCAAUCGCGGUUGCAACAAAAAUGUGAAGGCGCUCCAGCAUGGCAUCGUGUAUAGCCAGGGCCUUGAGCCAAGAUUGACACCCGGUGAGCCGGCCCUUGGCUACGAUCCCAUCAUGAUGAUUCCAACCAGCUCGGAAAAGCUCAGCAGUGUGUCACGAAUCAACUACGCCAAACCCCACAGCGUGGAGCACAAUACCAAGGUGCAUUUUAUUGGCCACAUUGACGAGAGCCAUACCGGCUCGAUCCUUCAAAACAUGCUCCAUGCCAUGCAAAAUCACAAACUUUGA